UUCCCUCUCUGGGCGCGGAGUUAGGACGAGCCAGUUCCCUGGCGCGGCGAGCGCUGGAGGAGCUGGGCGGGCAGCCUCCCCUUCCUGGCCGCGGCGGCUCUCAGCUCCUUGCCCACCGCCAUGGCGAUCCGCAAGAAGAGCAGCAAGAACCCGCCCGUGCUGAGCCACGAGUUCAUCGUGCAGAACCACGCGGACAUCGUCUCCUGCGUGGCCAUGGUCUUCCUGCUGGGGCUCAUGUUCGAGAUUACAGCAAAAGCCGCUGUCAUUUUUGUUACACUUCAGUACAAUGUUACCAUUCCUGCUACAGAAGAACAAUCUACAGAAACAAUCUCCCUUUAUCAUUAUGGUAUCAAGGACUUGGCUACAGUUUUUUUCUACAUGCUGGUAGCAAUAAUCAUGCAUGCCAUUAUUCAGGAGUAUGUGCUUGAUAAAAUUAACAGGAGAAUGCACUUUUCCAAAACAAAACACAGCAAGUUCAAUGAAUCUGGACAACUUAGUGCAUUCUACCUUUUCUCCUGUGUCUGGGGCAUGAAUAUUCUUGUCUCCGAGAACUAUGUAUCGGAUCCAACGUCUCUGUGGAAGGACUACCCACACACGCUGAUUCCGUUUCAAAUGAAGUUUUUCUACAUCUCACAGUUGGCAUACUGGUUUCAUGCUUUUCCAGAAUUGUACUUCCAGAAAACCAAAAAAGAAGAUAUCCCUCGCCAGCUUGUCUACAUUGGACUUUAUCUUUUUCAUAUUGCUGGAGCUUAUCUUUUGAACCUCACCCGUCUUGGACUUGUUCUUCUGGUGUUGCAUUACUUUGUUGAAUUUCUCUUCCACAUCUCCCGCCUCUUUUACUUCAGUGAUGAAAAGUAUCAAAAAGGGUUUUCAUUGUGGGCUGGUCUUUUUGUUUUUGGAAGACUUCUGACUUUGAUUCUCUCUGUUCUCACUGUUGGCUUUGGCCUGGCAAGAGCAGAGAAUCAGGACCUCAGUUUAACUACUGGAAAUUUUAACGUUCUGGGUAUCAGAAUCAUUGUACUGUCCUCAAUCUGUGGAACUCAAGCCUUUAUGAUGUGGAAAUUCAUUAAUUUCCAGCUUAGAAGGUGGAGAGAACAUUCUUCUUCUCAGCCUCAGUCACUGAAGAAGAAAUUUGUAACAACUAAAGGUAGACCAUCCAAAAAAGAGCGAGAAAAUGGACUAAAUGGAACUGUAACCUCAAAUGGAGCAGACUCGCCUCGUAGGAGGAAGGAAAAAUCAUCAUAAAACUGAAUUUUAUUAAGUUAACUAACUAAUGUCCCCAAAGAAUCUGCUUUUUACUAUGAAAAGCCCUUCAGCACUAGAGAUCUUACUGAUUACAAAAAUACAAUUCAUGCUUUUUGAUUAUUGCUAUUGUUUUGUGAGACUUUUUUUAAAAAAACAUUUUGACUUUAAAUAAAGAGUGGAAAGGUUAUCAGUUUUCAAACAUUUAGGGGGCCACAACACUUUUUAAAUAACCAUGAACACUUUUUUGAACACUUAGUGUGAUUAAUAUUAAUCGGAAUUCUACUUACUGAGGAUCAGUGAUACAAUGUAUUAUUCCUUCCAGUUUUUAUAAUCUUGUUACAACGUCAUAUUUUUCAAGUUCUUCAAGAAGUAUUGCAAAAUUGAAGUAAAAAAAAUUAAUAUCUGUUUUUAGAUAUUCUCGAACAUUCAGUAUAUUACUUUGAAUCAGAUUUGCAGCUCAGUACUGGUUUUGUAAGACCAUCAAAAUUAAUGUGCGUUAUUUUGUAGGUAAUAGCUGCGUUCAUUUCAAGAAAUGCCCAUGUCAUUAAAACAAAAUCUAACUGAUUGGGAACAUUGCAGUGUCUUAUUGUCUAAGUUGGCUGGAAAUCUCUUGUAUAAAAUACUUGUAAGGAACAAAAUCUUUCUGAUGUAGCUUUAGCUCUUAAAAAAUGGAAAACGGAAUGUGUUGCACAGAGAAGAGGGAUUUGCAUAGCACUUCUUUAAAUUAAUAAAAUAACUCACAACUGUGCUUGUACAUGGGCGUAUUGCAGAUUACUAGUGUGACAUAGGCCUGCUUUGAGAACUCAUUUUGUCUCUUGAUUUUUAGAUUGCAUCUUUUUUUUUUUUAAAUGGGUCAGAUUUUUAAUUUAGGAUAUAUUUCAAUGCUUUGUGGGGAGGGAAUUUAUUUAGACAAAUCAAGUUCUGGCAAACUUUCCUUCCCCCCCUUUUUUUUCCUCAUUUCCAUCUCUUAUUGGGAAACAGUUCAGUGUAUUGCAUAUAUAUAUUUUUUGAUGAAAAAAUAUAUUUAAAAGCUGCAAAGUUUUUAAAAAUUGAACUGUUGGUGAUCUUUGCUCCCAUUAGGACCAUUGUAACUUAAUUUGCAUUUUUGCCUUUUUUUCAUAUUGCAAAGAUUUGUCCAAAUAAUUAAAUUUUCAGUUGAAUCUGCAAUUAAUAUUUGCAUUCGUAUCUUUGUAGUCUGUAAUAGAUAUAAGCCCAGCUCAUUUCAUUUCAGAAAAACCUACUUAAUAGUUUACCUUAAAUGAAAUUGUUAGUUCAGUAGCUUUUGUUAGACCACUUAUUGAUAAAUAGGAGCCCUUAUAAAAAAUCUAUUAAGCUCAGCGAAACAAAAAAUUGAGUAUAUUAAACUGUGCCCAACAAAAUAACAAUAAGAACUUCAUUCACUGUCUUUUUUUCCCCCUUUAGUUGCUUAUACAUUUUUUGUUUUGUAUACUGAUACAAAAUUUGGGCUGCACUUAAUUAUCCACUCUUAAAUAAUGUAUAGCUAUUUUGACAUGAAUUGUUGUAAAUUUUGUAUAACAUGACUCUUAAUUCUUGAUGCAGUUGCUUCAACAGCUCCCCCCUGCUUAGAAUUGCAGGCAAACAUGGACCUGGUUACAGUAGAGCUGUUAUGGGGUUGUAUGCCCUGAAAUUUGUCUUGUUACGAAAAUAGCUAUGUCAUGUUUUGGUUUUUAAAAAAUAAGUUCAAAAGCUGUCUAGGGCAAAAAGAUUCCAUCACAUCUGAUCGUAAAACUGUAAGAUCAGAGUUCAAAAAGUGAUAAAUAUACAUGUAAAUCUCCAUUCCAUGAACCAGCGUGCUUUAUGUCUGAUGUUUAACACAAGGACAUUCUUUGAGUUUGGUGCCAUGUUCAAAGAUUGUACUUGAGGGGGGAAGAAUGUUUAAAAUCACUAAUCAUGUGUGAUUCCAAAACUGUCAUCUGAGAGUUUGCCCUCUUUUGGCCAUGUUGGUGCUAUCUAGGGAGUCUAAUAAAGAGAGCUGUCAACCUC